CAACAAAAAGCAGACGACAAACUGUGCCAUGUGAUCAUAUUGGACAUAUAAUUUUAUGUCUAUUUUUACAACCGUAAAAUUAUUUUAAAAAAAUUUUCUAAUGAAAUAGAAUUAAAUUUGACAAUUCUUUUUUUUUAAUAUGAAUUGUCAUCUGCUUUUACGUUCUCUAUUAUCGUCAACGGUGAAAAAUUGUAAGAAACAUAUUUACACAACGGCUGUAAAUAAAGCUGAUGUUUAUGAACGAGAUCAUCGGGGUAGUACCAAGAAUAAAUUCUACGAACCAAAAAAGUCAUUAGAAGAACAAUUGUGGGAGGAAUCAAGUUAUUUGGAUAAAUUAAAAUAUGAAUUUAACUUAUAUAAAAAACAUUUUAAACUCUUGAAAAAGGAAAUAAAAGAUUAUUAUGACGGUACACUUUUUGAUUAUCGUCGUGGAGAAGUUGAUGUUUUUUGGAGAUUCAGUGAAAAUCCAGAAUGUUUAGAAGAUUGGAUUGUAACAGCAGAUCAAGAUUGUGAUGAUGGUUAUUCCUCUUGCAAAUUAGAAUUGUCAUCAAUUGGAACGGGUAUAUUUAGCGGUACUUUGGAUACAAGACUUCCAGAAACUGGAGAAAAUACACACGCCGGAUUUUGUAAUAUAAGAACAGUUAAUGCAACAAAAUCAUUUUAUCGUGAAAUAGCUUUGGAUUGGUCAAAUUAUACUCAUGUUAGAAUGCGUGUAAGAGGCGAUGGUCGUGUUUAUUUUAUAAAUAUUGGAAUGAAACAAACAUUUGACGUUCAAUGGUUUGAACUCAACAAAUAUUUAUUAAUGACACGCGGUGGACCUUAUUGGCAGGAUAUUAAAAUACCAAUGUCGAAAUUUUUUCUCACUCACAAGGGAAGAAUACAAGAUCGACAACAACCUUUUGAAAAGAUGAAAGUAAAAAAUUUUGGUAUUACAAUUGCUGAUAAAACGCCAGGACCAUUUAAAUUAGAAAUCGAUUAUAUUGGUUGUGAAGCUGAUGAAUAUCUUGAAGAACAAUGUGCUUAUGAAUCUUAUCAUAUUGAUACUUCGCAUUUAUAAAUUAAAUGUAAAAAAAAAUUGUUUAUUGUAAAAGAAAAAAAUAAUUAAGUUAUAUUCAUUAAAAUUAGUUUUAAAACUAGCAAAAUACGCGCGCGAGUAAUUUCUGAUAAUUUUCCUAAAAGAAAGACAAUUUAGAAAAUAAUCGUUUUUUAUAAAUAAGAAAUAAAUGUCUUUGGAGUUAUGAAGCUGAAGUACGCAAUGUUUAUGAUAAAUAGAGAAGGGUAGAUUAUGCGAUCGCGUAAUUGCAUAAUUUUCUAAAAUCAAGUAAAACCAUAAUACUAU